AAUCCCUCCAACUCGACCUAGCACCCUCCAGCAACCCACAAAAUCAACUGGUCCUCCUCCGAACCACGCACGCAAUCGUGUCCGAACCCACAUCCACCUCACCCACCUCCUCAAUUCCAGAUUGAAAACAUAACAACUCCCGCAACAUGCCCACCCCCGAAUCCGCCGCCUUCCUGGCCAAGAAGCCCACCGUGGCCCCGACCUACGACGGCAUCGACUACGAGGACAACGUCGCCGUGCACAACGCCCGCGACGCCAUCAUCCGCGAGCAGUGGGUGCGCAGCAUGAUGUCGCGUCUGGUCGGCGAGGAGCUGGGCAAGUGCUAUGCGCGCGAGGGAGUGAAUCAUUUGGAGAAGUGUGGGGUUUUGAGGGAAAAAUACUUCGAGCUUCUCGGCGAGCGCAAGAUCAAGGGUUACCUCUUCCAGGAGAAGAACCACUUCUCACAGGAGAAGUCAGCCUAAAAUUGGGUUUUGUUGGUCACGCACUGCAUGUUUCGGCAGAGGAUAGACGGCGGCAAGAUGCAAGAUGGGGUUUGUUGGUGAUGGUGAGGGUUGCGGGAAAGGUGUUUAUAUUAUAUCAUCCUUUUUUUUUCUUCAUGAUUGUACUACAUGUGUUUAUUUUCGGUUUUCGUGUUGAUUUAGCUAUACUACCUAUGCUGUGUAUGUCAAUGGGAUGGGUUGAAAUAUUCGAU